AUGGGGCGUCCAGUGCUGCUGACUUUAGAGGACAAAGACGUAAAGGGAUUCACCUGGGCCGUAGCCCCCGCCUUGACCUCCUUGGGCUACCUGCUCAUACUGCUGGUCUCCAUCUUUCCCUUCUGGGUGCGGCUUGUAAACGAGGAGUCCCACGAGGUGUUUUUCAGUGGCUUGUUUGAGAACUGCUUCCAUAUCAAAUGCUGGAAGCCUCGACCCUUAUCAGUGCACAUCAUUCUCGGCCGCGUUUUCCUGCUGUCUGCAGUCAUCCUGUCUUUCCUCACAACCUUCAUCCUGGUGUCCUUUGCAUCUCAGCUCUUUCCGAGGACCCGGAAGCGCAAUUUGGUGUCAGCCUUCAUCAGCUUCCUCACAGGGGUCUGUGCCUUCCUGGCCUUGUUGCUGCAUGCCCUGGAGAUCCAGAGUCUGAGGAUGAAGCCCAUCCCCCCCCAGAUCUCCGUGCAGUGGCCUUACUACGUCCUUGGCUUUGCCAUCGUUCUGUUCAUCGUGGCUGGUGCCAUCUGCCUCUUUCAAGAAACAGCCUGCCUUAGCUGCCAUCGGUUGCCCAAUUCCCGGAGUAUCGAGGAAACCCAAGGGGUCCCCCACCUGGAGAAUCUGGAGAGUUUGGGAGGAGACCUGAGCUCAAUACAAAAGGAGACACUGCUGAAGGAAGAAACGGUUACCUAGUCCGGGAGAGUGUCCUCCACCAAGCCUCAGCUCUGAGUGCCCGCGUGGGGGCCUAAGGGGCAGCCAGUCUCUGCGGCUUCUGAUGAGCUUCCUGAGUCAGAUCAGUGCUCCCCUUCCCCCUACUCACAGUGAUUCUGUCUUGCUUGUCUUUGCAAUUUAUUAAAAGUUUUUUGAAUUA